GCUCGCUCUAAUGGCAAACCACUCGCCGCCGGCCAGCGUUCUCCUCCUCCUCCUCUUCACCAUUGUCACCGCUUCCACCGCCGCCCUGCAUGACUACGCGGACGCCCUUCACAAAAGCAUACUCUUCUUCGAGGGGCAGCGUUCCGGCCGCCUCCCGCCUUCUCAGCGCAUCUCAUGGCGCCGCGACUCUGCGCUACAUGAUGGAGCCUCUAUCGGUGUGGACCUCACCGGCGGCUACUACGACGCCGGAGACAACAUAAAAUUCGGCUUCCCCAUGGCCUUCACCACCACCCUCCUCUCCUGGAGCAUCAUCGACUUCAACCACACCAUGUCCCCCACCCAUCUCUCGGACGCCAUCUCCGCCGUCCGUUGGGGCACCGAUUACCUCCUCAAAGCCACCUCCCUUCCCAACACCCUCUACGUUCAAGUCGGCAACGCUUUCCGCGACCAUUCUUGUUGGGAACGCCCCGAGGAUAUGGACACCCCCCGCACCGUCUACAAAGUCAACGCUUCCCAUCCCGGUUCCGACGUCGCCGGCGAGACCGCCGCCGCACUAGCGGCCGCCGCCAUUGUUUUCCGUAUCCGCGAUCCCGAUUAUUCGAACCGGCUUUUACGACGAGCUGUCCGCGUGUUUGAUUUUGCGGAUCGGCAUCGCGGUGCAUACAGUUCGAGUUUACACGAUGUCGUGUGUCCGUGUUACUGCGACUUUUCGGGUUAUAAGGAUGAACUGCUUUGGGGAGCGGCCUGGCUGCAUAAGGCGACGAGGAAGAGGGAGUACAGGGAGUAUAUCAAGAGCAACGAGGAUGUGCUCGGGGCCAGCGACACGAAACACGAAUUUGGAUGGGAUAACAAACACGCUGGAGUUAACGUGCUUAUAUCUAAGGAAGUGCUGAUGGGGAAGGAUGACUAUCUCCGGUCAUUCAAGGAAAACGCCGACGAUUUCAUCUGCUCCCUUCUCCCCGGCGUAUCAUCUCACCCGGAGAUCCAGUACUCUCCAGGUGGUCUGCUGUUCAAGACUGGAGGAAGCAACAUGCAGCAUGUUACUUCCCUCUCCUUCCUUCUCCUCGCCUACUCUAACUAUCUCAGCCACGCCAAUAGCCACGUUCCAUGUGGCGCAUCCUCGGCCUACCCCGCCGAUCUCAGACUGGCCGCCAAGCGCCAGGUGGACUAUAUUCUGGGAGAUAAUCCGUUGCAAAUGUCGUACAUGGUGGGGUAUGGGAAGAGGUACCCGCAGCACAUACACCAUCGGGCCAGCUCACUGCCUUCGGUAGCAGCUCAUCCGGGUCGGAUCGGGUGCAAGGCAGGUACUCCCUAUUACCUGAGCCCAAACCCGAACCCGAAUCUACUCGUCGGGGCGGUCGUGGGCGGGCCGACCAAUAUAAGCGAUGUAUUCCAGGAUGCUCGGCCCAUAUUCCAGCAGUCGGAGCCCACUACGUAUAUAAACGCCCCACUCGUGGGCCUCCUGGCUUACUUCUCCGCCCACCCAUAUGACUGAAAAUUGUGUGCAUGGUAGUUUUAUUACUGUAAUUAUAAGCUGGUGUGGUGGCUGCAGGUGUGGGAGUGAGAUGCAAUUAGAAUGUUGACGCAACUAACAAAAUUUUGUAAUUCAUUUGACAUUUUUGAAAAAUUUGAUUGUGUGAUAUUUUCUUCUCUAUA